AGGAGGGGACAGCAGCACCAUGGCCCCCCAUGCGACUGCUAUCCGCCAAACCUGCUGCUGCUUCAAUGUCCGCAUUGCCACCACAGCCCUGGCCAUCUACCACUUGAUCAUGAGCUUCUUGCUGUUCAUCGAGCAUACGGUAGAGGUGGCCCAGGGCAAGGCCUCCUGCAAGUUCUCGAAGACAGGCUACCUCAGGAUUGCUGACCUGAUCUCCAGCUUCCUGCUCAUUGCCACGCUCUUUCUCAUCAGCCUGAGCCUGCUGAUCGGCGUGGUCAAGCACCGGGAGAAGUACCUGCUGCCCUUCCUGUCCCUGCAAAUCAUGGACUUCCUCCUGUGCCUGCUCACCCUGCUGGGCUCCUACAUCGAGCUGCCCGCUUACCUCAAGUUCGCCGCCCGGAGCCGCACUGGCCCCUCCAAGGUCCCACUGAUGACCCUGCAGCUGCUGGACUUCUGCCUGAGCAUCCUGACCCUCUGCAGCUCCUACAUGGAAGUGCCCACCUAUCUCAACUUCAAGUCCAUGAACCACAUGAAUUACCUCCCCAGCCAGGAGGGUGUGACGCAUACCCAGUUCAUCAGGCUGAUGAUCAUCUUCUCCAUCGCCUUCAUCACCGUCCUCAUCCUAAAGGUCUACAUGUUCAAGUGCGUGUGGAGAUGCUACAGAUUCAUAAAGUCCACGAACCUGGUUGAGGACAAGAGCAGCUCCAGGAUGCUCCAGAAGGUCAUCCUGCCAUCCUACGAGGAAGCCCUGUCUCUGCCAUCCAAAGCUCCAGAGGGGGGCCCAGCACCACCCCCAUACUCAGAGGUGUGACCCUUGCCAGUCCCCAGCCCUAUAGCUGGGAGGGGCAGAGCUGCCUUGUAAUCUGCUUCUUUGCUUUGGUGGCCCUUUGGCCUGGGUGGACCUCCCCAGCUGACUUCAGGACAAUCGGCUUGUGUCCCCCUCACUGGUCUGCUCCUCUUGUAGGGCCUGUGAGAUGCUCACAAUUGGGUCAAACCUUUAGGCUGAAUGACUUCUUGGGUCUCUCGAAAAUUCAGUCCAAC